AUGCCUUCUCGCCGGGAAACCUCUACCGAACGCUCUCAGGAGCGCCCGACGACUGCACGGACCGAGUCCACCCGAAGGCACCAGAGGAACCCUUCCGCGCAAACUCACCAUCGGGACAGUUCUGAUAUGGCUGGCACGGCUGCGACCGAUGCUUCGCAGCAUCGGACCGCAACAAAUGCUCCCCCGACCGCCUCCGCUCAACCUAGGCGUCGUACGACGAUCACAACGCCGACGGGCCAAUGGGCACUGGGGAAAACUAUAGGUGCCGGGAGCAUGGGCAAAGUGAAGUUGGCUAAGAAUAUGGAGACUGGAGAACAGGUCGCCGUCAAGAUCGUCCCGCGCCUCUCCACAGAAGAGCAUCGCAGCAGCCGAGAGACGGAAAGGGCCGAUCGCUCGAAAGAAAUUCGGACCGCUCGAGAAGCCGCCAUUGUCAGCCUAGUGAACCAUCCGUAUAUCUGUGGCAUGAGAGACGUGGUGCGGACUACGUACCACUGGUACAUGCUUUUUGAAUACGUCAACGGUGGCCAGAUGCUGGACUACAUCAUCUCCCAUGGCAAGUUAAAAGAAAAACAGGCGCGCAAGUUUGCGCGACAAAUUGCCAGCGCACUGGAUUACUCCCACCGCAACAGCAUCGUACAUCGAGACUUGAAGAUCGAGAACAUUCUUAUCAGCAAAACCGGUGACAUUAAAAUCAUUGACUUUGGUCUCAGCAACCUUUUCUCCCCCAGAAGUCUCUUGAAGACCUUCUGCGGCAGUCUCUAUUUCGCUGCCCCGGAGCUACUCCAAGCAAGGCAAUACACGGGACCGGAAGUGGAUGUGUGGAGUUUUGGAAUCGUGCUCUAUGUUUUGGUCUGUGGCAAGGUGCCAUUCGAUGACCAGAGCAUGCCUCAGCUUCACGCCAAGAUCAAGAAGGGCGUUGUGGAGUAUCCUCCGGGUCUUACCACUGAGUGUCGGCACAUCAUCUCUCGCAUGCUGGUCACGGAUCCCAAGCAGCGUGCUAGUCUGGCCGAAAUUAUGAACCACCCAUGGAUGAAUAAGGGCUUCAAUACACCUCCCGAAAACUACCUCCCUCACCGCGAGCCUUUGCAGCUCCCUCUGGACCCCGACGUUAUUAAGAAGAUGACAGGGUUUGAUUUCGGUCCACCGGAAUACAUCACCACUCAGUUAACCAAAGUGCUGGAAUCGGAAGAAUAUCAACACGCUGUACGACUCAACUUCCGUGAACAGCCUGCUCCCAACAAUACCGAGCGAAAGCGCGGCGUGUUCGACUUUUACAAGCGGCGAAACUCCGCCGCCAGUCGCGACACCCUUUCCGCUCCCUCGGCCGAGGCAAUCCAGCUGGGUAAUGACCCAUUGAAUGCCUACAGCCCCUUGGUAUCCAUCUACCACCUUGUCAAAGAGAAACUCGACCGGGAGCGAUCUGAAGCCCGGCCAGGUGCUCUUGGUCUCCGCCAAUCCCCGGGUGAAGUCCAAGUACCCGAUCUGGCUGCCCCGGAAGCUGCCCACACCAACCAGUACCAGGUUCCAGGCGAGCAUGAUGUGGGCCGCCGGUCUCGCCCGCGGGCUCGAACACAUGGAGAGGACGAGGCCCCGGAAGGAAUGAAGACUCUGCAUACUCCAUCACCAUCCGCGCAUGCUGUGCCUGUGGCAUCGCAGUCCGACACUCCGGCAAAGAAAGGAAGUGCUGCUGUCGGCCUACUGCGACGAUUCAGCACUCGCAGAACCAAAGACCGCAGCCGCGAUGUCGAGCGAGAGCGCAUCAGUACCCCGAACACUCCUACGCUCAAUGUUCAACCCCCUGCCGACUCUGCUUCCCCGUUGCACCGUGGAUUUAGUGUGCGGAGGACCCGGCGGGCUGAACCUUCUUCGGGCACUCUCCAACCAGGAGACAGCCAGCCCCAGCGGCAAGACUACCUCACAACUCCAGGAUCGGGGCAAGGCUCGCGGUCCAACAAAUUCCUGGGGCGAUCAACCAGCGUCAACUCGGCAGACUAUCGCGCCCGACGGGCCGCUCGCAGAACUGAUUCUGAUACAUUGGAUGUCGCCGACCGCCAACCUCCUUCGACAAGUGGUUCCGAUCAGAUUGGCCCUAACAACCAGAGACAUCAGGCCGCUGCUAAGACCGGUGGACGGACACACACGGCACGGACGAUGUCUCUCGGCCAUGCACGCCAGGAAAGCAUUCAGGCCCGGCGGGCUCGACGGGAAGCCACUCGGGAAGCCAAUGUCCCCGAGGAGACCGAUGCAGAUAUCUCUGGUGCGGGAACCGCACUGGAGAGCGCCAACGAAGGAGAGGAUCUGUCCAAGCCUGUUUAUCUCAAAGGCUUGUUCAGUGUUUCGACCACCAGCAGCAAGCCCUUGCCUGUCAUUCGGGCCGACAUUAUCCGUGUCUUAAAGCAGCUGGCAGUGGAAUAUGUCGAGAUUAAGGGUGGAUUCAGUUGUCGGCACGCUCCCAGUAUCGAUCUUGAGAAGGUAGUCGACAUUGGUCCUCCCAGCCCCGACCGACAGGGACAAGUAUCGCAUCGCCGUCGAAUCAGCUUUGGUGGACUACUCAGCCACGACGACAGUCGGGAGCACUCCAAGUUGCAGCGCCGGUCACAAGCGCCGGACCGCAGUUUCACCACCAACUCAGAGGGGUCUGAUGAGUUUGUUUCUCGAGACCAAUCUCAGGGCGGCGCGGUCGGUGAGCGAGUCGUCGGUGAGACGACAACCCGCGUGCAGAGCGACACUGGAGAGAAUCUCGUCCUCCGGUUUGAAAUCCUCAUAGUCAAGGUUCCUCUAUUUUCGCUACAUGGCAUUCAGUUCAAGAAGGUCUCGGGUGGCAUGUGGCAGUACCGGGAGAUGGCCAAGAAGAUUCUCGACGCUUUGAGACUCUAA